AUGCCUGAAUCAACACCCACCGUCUCCAACACGGAGAAUCUCAUGAAGUACAUGACCCUCGACCAGCGAGGAAGCGUCCAGGCUGAGUACAUUUGGAUCGACGCCGUCGGUGGCUGCCGCAGCAAGACCAAGACUCUUUCUAAGACCGUCAAGUCUGUCGAUGAGCUCCCCGAAUGGAACUUCGAUGGUUCCUCCACCGGCCAGGCACCCGGUGAUAACUCUGACGUCUACCUGCGUCCCGUCGCUAUCUUCCCCGACCCCUUUCGCCUCGGUGACAACAUUCUCGUUCUCUGCGAGACCUGGGAUUCGGAUGGUACUCCCAACAAAUUCAACUACCGACACGAGUGUAACCGCCUAAUGGAGGCCAAUGCCAAGGAGGAAUUCUGGUUCGGUCUGGAGCAAGAGUACACUCUCCUCGGUACCGAUGGCUGGCCUUACGGAUGGCCCAAGGGUGGUUUCCCUGGAGCUCAGGGCCCCUACUACUGUGGUGUCGGAACCGGCAAGGUCUACUGCCGUGAUAUUGUCGAGGCUCACUUCCGUGCUUGCCUGUUUGCUGGCAUCAAGAUCUCAGGUAUCAACGCCGAGGUCAUGCCUUCUCAGUGGGAGUACCAGGUUGGUCCUUGCGACGGUAUUGAAAUGGGUGACCACCUCUGGAUGUCGCGUUACAUUCUCCACCGUGUCGCUGAAGAGUUCGGUGUCAAGAUUUCCUUCGAUCCCAAGCCGAUCAAGGGUGACUGGAACGGAGCUGGUCUCCACACCAACGUCUCCUCUGCCUCUAUGCGUGCCGAGGGUGGUAUGAAGGUUAUCGAGGCUGCUAUGAAGAAGCUGGAAGCCCGCCACGAGGAGCACAUUGCUGUCUAUGGUGAGGGCAACGAGGAGCGUCUCACUGGCCGCCACGAGACUGGCAGCAUCGACAAGUUCAGCUAUGGUGUCGCCGACCGUGGUGGCAGUAUUCGUAUCCCCCGCCAGGUUGCCAAGGAUGGCAAGGGUUACUUCGAAGAUCGUCGCCCUGCCAGCAAUGCUUGCCCUUACCAAAUUACUGGUAUCAUCGUUGAGACUCUCUGCGGUGGCCUCUAA